CCCGCCCUCGGCCGCCGCCGCCGCAGCGACAGCCUUCCCUGUCCGGCGCCAUGGCCGCUGCGGCCGGGGACGGCGCGGCGAAGCCGCUGCAGUGCGCCAUGAAGCUGGCCAACGGGGCCAUCGAGCUGGAUACCGGCAACCGGCCCCGGGAGGCAUAUACGGAAUACCUGAGGAGCAUCCACUAUAUCUCCCAGGUGCUGCUGGAAGAAGUAGAAACCACCAGAGAAAGUGGGGAACCUGUGGCCCUGGACACCUCAAAGAUGCUGAAGCUGGCUGAGCAGUGUCUGGAGAGGGCCCAGUCAACAGCUGCCAAGCUUGGGAAAACAUGCCUGAAGCCAGCCAUGCCUGCGGCUGCUCCUGUCCCCUCAAGUACCAGCCGACAUCGCCGGGUGUACUCAGAUGAAGGGGGGAAACUCUCUCCGUUUCUGCCACCCGAAAUCUUCCAGAAGCUUCAGGUGGUAGAGUCACAAAGUUCUAAGAAGGAGCUGACACCUCUGGAGGAAGCCUCCCUGCAGAAUCAGAAGCUGAGGGCCGCCUAUGAGGCCCGGAUGGCCCGUCUGGACCCCAGCCAGGCCAUGCAGAAGACAUCUCUGACCCUGUCCCUGCAGCGGCAGGUGAUGGAGAACCUUGUGAUCGCCAAAGCCCGGGAGGAGACCCUGCAGAGGAAGAUGGAGGAGCGCCGGCUGCGGCUCCAGGAAGCGGCCGACAGGAGGUUCUGUAGUCAGGUCGCCCUGACUCCGGAGGAGCGGGAGCAGCGGGCCCUCUAUGCUGCCAUCCUCGAGUACGAGCAAGACCACGACUGGCCAAAGCACUGGAGAGCCCAGCUCAAGAAGAGCCCGGGGGACCUGUCGCUAGUGACCAGCCUGGUCUCCCACCUGCUCAGCGUUCCCGACCACCCCAUCUCGCAGCUCCUGAAGAAGCUCCAGUGCGCGGUGUACCGGGCGCUCUACCCCGUCGUGAGCAGGGGCGCCGUGGGCACCGCUUCCGCCCCCGGCUGCUGCUCCCUGUCCCCGGACGCCGACGGGCUGCGGGCUCCUGGGAGCCGGCGGCUCCGGCCCUCGCAGAGUCUCUACUGUGUGCUCUCCCCGGCGGAGCCCAGCCCAGCCCCUCGGCCUGCAGACGGCACCCACGCCAGCCCCCCCAGCCCCCCGCUGCACCCCUGUCCCGCAGAGGGAGGGCCAGACGGCAGCCUGGGCGGGCCCCCUUCACCCCCGGCACACACCUUGACGGGCGCACAGGGCAAACACAGCUCCUUCGAAGACCUCGAACACUUCCUGGCCACUUCUGAGGGGUGGGGCCGGGGGCGCGGGAGGCCGCCUGAGCUCCAGACCUCAGGCGUGAAGACGGAGCCGCUGUCGCAGCAGCUGAAGAGCACUGUGAAGGACAUACACAAUGCCAUCGACAGGCUGCUCUCGCUGACUCUCCUGGCUUUCGAAGGCCUGAAUGUGGCCGCCUCCAAGGACCGAUGCCUGGCCUGCAUCGAGGAGCCCUUCUUCUCCCCACUGUGGCCCUUGCUGCUGGCGCUCUAUAGGAGCGUGCACCGCCUCCGGGAGGCCGCCCUGGGCCGCAGCAUGGAGCUCUACAGGAACGCGCCCCCCACAGCCAUCGGCGUCCCCGCGAAGCUCCUGCCCCGGGAGCCGGGGGCCUCGGCAGCCGGCGCCUACCCCUACUGUGCUGCCGCCCAGGAGCUGGGGCUGCUGGUCCUCGAGAGCUGCCCGCAGAAGAAGCUGGAGUGCAUCGUGCGGGUCCUGCGGGUCAUCUGUGCGUGUGCCGAGGACUACUACCGGGCCCAGGAGGCCGCGUCUGAGGCCAGACCCCAGCUUGGCGCCGCAGCCAUCGGUGCGGACGACCUGCUGCCCAUCUUGUCCUUUGUGGUGCUGAGAAGCGGCCUCCCCCAGCUGGUGUCAGAAUGCGCGGCCCUGGAGGAGUUCAUCCACGAGGGGUACCUGAUUGGAGAGGAGGGCUACUGCCUGACGUCACUACAGAGCGCCCUGAGCUACGUGGAGCUGCUUCCCCGGGGGGCCCUGGGCAAGUAGAGGAGGACGGAGGCCGCUGCGGACGCCCCGGAGCCUCCUGCUCCGCCGGGGGCAGCAGGCCGCUGCGGUGCGGCUCGCGCUCGCGUCCCGCCCUGACGUCUGCCCCCCAGGAGCUUGAGGAGGGAGGCCCUUCCGCUCUUCAGAGGAUAGAGCUGAGCUGAAUCGGCGCCUAGGAACGAGGCCCUUCUCUUUCCUCAGCCUCCGAGAGGCUUUGUGCAGGGAGACCAGAGCUGUGGACUCCCCUGGGCCCUGUACACCCUCACAGACCCCGCAGCUCCAGGGUAGGGAGGGGGCCGCAGGCCUGGCAGAUGGCAGGUCUGCUUUCUCUCCCUUCCCGUCCCUGGCGACAGCUUCCAGGGCCCGUUUCUUGUUAGAAGAAGGGAGCGUCCCCGUCCCCUGCCUCUGAGGCCUGGAGUCCAGGUGGUUUGACACUAUGCUGUUUACUUAUUGGGCUGACCACGCCACCCUCCUCUGGAGCCCAGGCAUCCCCAGGGCACCCGCCCACAUCCGGGGCCUCUGAGCCGUGCCCACCCUUGGCAGUAGGCUUUGGACACCCUGGGGCCUUUGGCUGAUUCCCACCCCGGCGUGUCCCUUUCUGGGUCAGCGUGAACCGGAGGGUUAGCGCCUGCGUGCAGCACAGCGUCCACUCUGACUGUGAAGUGCCCCGGCAGCCACUGACACGGCCAGAAAUAAAGAGGUCACUGAUCGCUCUC